AUGCAAAAGUGGAAUGAAGUGGUAUAUGUGGAAACAACUACACACUUUGAGGAGGAAUGGAGAGAGAUGUGUGAUAUGUGUAAGGAUCAUCCAAAGUUCACAUCGUACAUUUAUGACACUUGGGCUGAAAGUGCACAUGCAAGCUUGAAGAAGAUGUUUUGGAACAACAAGGGUGACUUGUGCGAUUCAUGGGAAGCAGUGGAUAGGCUGACCAUUGUACGCCACAAUGCAAUACAAGCAUCGUUUGAGCACAGUAUUAACAUUGUAGAGCACCGUUUCAAGUCUCCAAUGUAUAAGAAUAUGAGAGGAUUCGUUGCUAAACAUGCCCUUCAGCUAAUGUACGAUGAACAAAAUAGAUUUUGGGGUCAUGGCCAAAGUAUGCUGAGAAGGAAGCUUAAAGAGCUUUAUUAUCCUCAAAUCAGUUCAUUGUGUCCUCCUGAAGUGAAGAUAAAGCAUAAACAAUCGUUCAAGGAGAGGAAAACCAAACCUCCUAGAGAACAAGAAGCGAAAGCUAGCAAGAGGAAACCUAGGCUCCUCAAAACUCCUAAAACAACUAUUCAGUCCUCAACUCCAAAAUCACAAGCUCCUAAGUCAAAGAACAAGAAGGCUAUGAAGACCACCGGGGCCACCACCAACAUCUACUUACCGGAGUUGCCAUCUUUUUUUUGGCAAUAUAUACAUGAAGUGAUAGAUGUUGUCGGAUAUGGUAACGGUGGAUACAAAGCCGUCGCUGCAUUGCUGGGCCUUGAGAACGGUCAGGACGGUUGGCCUUGGGUUAGGGAAGCGCUGAUUGCAAAACUCACACUCUAUCGGAAACACUAUACAUACAUGUGGGGUAAUGAUGUGGUACAGGCCAUGCACCUUCGUCUCACUCUCCCUUUCGGUGGUAGAGCCACUGAAGACAAAUGGAUGCAUCUACCAGAGAUGGGGUACCUUAUUGCUAACUGA